AACUCGUAUCGUUUCAUCUCUAGUUUUGCAGUACUAGUGAAAAGUCUGCAGGCUUCAGCCAAGGGGGGAAACAUAAAUUAUUUGUGAUAAUAAAACACUAAACAUGUUUGUUGUAAUAAGAAGAAUAUGUGCAAAUUAUAAAUUGAUUUUAGCUAAAAAUCAAUAAACCAAAUGUCGCGUUAUGGCGUGCUUCGAUGCAUUUGGAAUAAAGUUUUGAGAUAAAACCAAGAUGUGUAUAUGUGUGUCUUAAUAGACGAAUGCCUACAAAUAUGGACAAUUCGAUAAUAACUAAUUUGCUUCCAGCUAAAAACCAAUGUAAAAACUAAGGCAAAAGCGGCUGAACAAACACAAAAUAUCUUGCUCUAAAAUGGGGACAGCAAUGGGGAAAAAUGGGGGACACUUUUUAGAUGCACUGCCCUCUCAGGGCACCCUACACGUUGUUAUGCUUGGCCUUGAUUCAGCCGGAAAAACUACGGCUCUUUAUAGAUUGAAAUUUGAUCAGUAUUUAAAUACAGUACCUACAAUUGGAUUCAAUUGCGAAAAGGUGCAAGGUACUCUUGGGAAAGCAAAGGGCAUACAAUUUCUUGUGUGGGAUGUUGGUGGGCAGGAAAAACUUCGACCUCUUUGGCGAAGUUAUACGCGAUGCACCGAUGGCAUUCUGUUCGUGGUUGAUUCGGUGGAUGUAGAGCGAAUGGAGGAAGCUAAAAUGGAACUUAUGCGAACAGCCAAAUGCCCCGACAAUCAGGGUGUUCCUGUUCUAAUACUGGCAAACAAGCAAGAUUUACCUGGUGCUCGUAACCCUAAGGAAUUAGAAAAAUUAUUAGGUCUACAUGAACUUUUAUACCCAGCGGUACAUUUACAAAGUAUAUGUGCUAGCUCAUCGUCAACAGGGAAUAUUGUGGGCUGCAGCAGCAGCAGUACAAGCACUAUUAAUACCUUCAGUAGAAGUAUGACGCCAACGUCACAGCACAGUAAAAGCUUUGGAUAUAGUGGAGAAAGUGGUUUCUCUAAAGAUGGUUUAACAAGAAAUUUAAAAAUUCAGUUUUCUGCAUCGUCCUCGACUGCGGCAGCUACAUCAAAUCCAGUAGGAAAUGAGUCGGAGCAUUAUCUGAACGACGAAUUUAGCAACACGGGCGAGAGACAUACAUCUUCGAUGCUCAAUAAAACUACUCAAGACAAAAAUUUAACAUAUGAAUCUUCACCAUCAUCCGUGGUGACAACACCUACGGCUACAGCUUCCAAUACGCUGUUUCUACAAAAAAAGGCAACCAAAACCACCAGUUAUUCUGCAGCAUUACAUCAAUUCAAAGGAUGGUAUAUCCAACCAGCCUGUGCCAUUACUGGAGAAGGUCUGCAAGAGGGCUUAGAAGCACUUUAUGAAAUGAUUUUAAAACGGCGGAAACUUAAUAAAACAUUUAAGAAAAAACGGUAAUAUUUCUGUACAUACUGUUUCAAAUAUUUCUGACUGUUCUGGCUUUCUUAUACCCAGUGUUAUACGACGAAGCACAUUUAUGUUAAAUUUUUUGAAUAUAAAACUUUGUUGAAAAUUUUAUUUGACGGUGUAAAUUGCAGUGAUAUAAAUGUAUAUAUUGUACGUAAGAAAUCUUUUGUUAACUUACUUUUAAAGAGCAAGAUCUGUAAUAUUAAAGAAGAAAAGCUUUUA